AAAUUAAAUGAGGGUGGGUCCCCUCAUUCUUCUAAUAGAGUAUAUAUAAUGUUGGAUCAGUACCUCAUCCAGUAUUAUCUUUUCAUAAAAAUCUCACAAAUAUGACAUUGCCCAAUGACAACAUGACUAGAGAAAUGUUGGCUGCACAGGCACACAUAUGGAACCAUACAUUUAGUUACGUCAAAUCCAUGUCACUCAAAUGUGCUAUUCAACUUGGAAUUCCAGAUAUUAUCCACUCUCAUGGCCGGGCCAUGACCCUCCCUGAUUUGGUGGAUGCUCUCCCCAUCAAUAAUAAUGCUAAAACCUUGGAUUAUAUCUUUCGUCUCAUGCGUAUUCUAAUUCAUGGUGGCUUCUUUAAUCAAAUAAAGGUUAAUGAUACAGAAGAGGGUUAUUUACUUACUCCAGCUUCAUGUCUCCUUCUUAAAGAUGAGCCUUUGAGUCAAGUCGCCUUUGUGCAAAUGGAACUAGAUCCAAAUUUCAUAGAUCCAUGGCACUCACUUAGCAAAUGGAUUAGGAGUGAUAAUGACGACUCCAGUACUCCAUUUGCAAUUGCUCAUGGCAAAUCCCUAUUUGAAUAUGAUGAGAGACAACCAAAUAUUAACCGUCAAUUUAAUGAAAUUAUGGCUAGUGAUUCCCGAUUGCUUAUAAGUGUGGUGAUUAAAAAUUGUAGAGGUGUUUUUGAAGGAUUAAAAUCAUUUGUGGAUGUUGGAGGUGGCAUAGGAAUCGUUGCUAAAGUUAUUGCGGAUGCAUUUCUUGAUAUGAAUUGCAUCGUCUUUGAUCUUCCACAUGUAAUUGAAGGUUGUGAAGGGAGUAAGAACAUAAUCUAUGUGGGAGGAGAUAUGUUUAAGUUCAUUCCCUAUGCUGAUGCGAUUUUACUAAAGUGGAUAUUACAUGAUUGGAGUGACGAAAAAUGCAUCAAAAUAUUGAAGAAAUGCAAAGAUGCAAUUCCAAGCAAGGAGAAGGGUGGGAAGGUGAUCAUCAUUGACAUGGUAUUGAUGGAUCAUAACCUAGAGAAUGUAGAUGACAAGUCAUAUGAAACUCAACUUUUCUUUGACAUGCUCAUGAUGGUACAUGUUUCUGGGAAGGAAAGAAAUCAACAAGAUUGGGCAAAACUCAUCUCCGGUGCUGGUUUUAGUGACUACAACAUUAUACCUAUAUUGGGAUUAAGAUCUAUUAUUGACGUGUUCCCUUAAUGUACGGAAUUGUCCUAACUUCAAGCAAGCGUCCACACCACUAAUAAAAUAGUUUCGUGUGUUAAUGGGAUUAAGAUCUAUUAUUGAGGUGUUCCCUUAAUGUACAAAAUUGGCCUAAAUUCCAGCAAGUGUCCACACCUCUAAUAAAGUAUUUUCGUGUGUUAUUGAGAUUAAGAUAUAUUAUUUAGGUGUUUUCUUAAUGUACGGAAUUGGCCUAAAUCCCAGCAAGCAUCCAUAUCACUAAUAAAAUACUUUUGUGUGUUAUUG